CAUCAGUACUCUGUCAAGUGGAGCCUGUGGGAAGAUGGUUUGAAGCGUUUAUUAAGAGGAGAAACAUAAAUGUUUCUGCCUCGUUCCAGGAGCUUGAAGAUGAGAAGGAACUUUCUGAAGAAUCAGGGGAUGAAGAAUUGCAGCUUGAAGAAUUUCCUAUGUUAAAAACCCUUGAUCCGAAGGACUGGAAGAAUCAAGACCAUUAUGCAGUCCUUGGGCUGGGAAAUAUACGAUACAGGGCUACUCAGAAACAAAUCAAAGCAGCUCAUAAAUCCAUGGUUUUGAAACAUCAUCCAGACAAGCGAAAAGCUGCAGGGGAACAGAUAGGAGAAGGUGAUAAUGAUUACUUUACAUGCAUAACUAAAGCUUAUGAAAUAUUAUCUGACCCUGUAAAACGACGAGCAUUUAACAGCAUAGACCCUACUUUUGAUAACUCUGUACCUUCCAAAAGUGAAGCAAAAGAAAACUUCUUUGAAGUUUUUUCACCGGUUUUUGAAAGAAACGCCAGGUGGUCAAAUAAGAAAAAUGUUCCUAAACUUGGGGACAUGAACUCAUCAUUUGAAGAGGUAGAUGCAUUCUAUUCAUUUUGGUAAGUUAGCUGAUACCU